AUGGCGCUCAUAUCCGCCGCAACGAUAAUAACCUCCCUCUCGCUCUUCCACAUAACCCUCGCCUUCUUCUUCCUCACGAACCCGCACCAGAUCGCCGAUCAGACGCUUGUGUUUAUCCUCGGAGAAGCGAUGGGCUUGCCAGAAUCCAGAACCUUCGAAACACAAUCCGCGCCCCUCGCCUUCCUCGCUGCCGUCCUCUUGUUCCUGGGCGUCUCGGAUCUAGUAGCUUGUUCGCUGCCCGAGGAGAUAUAUUCCUAUUUCUGGGGUUCGCAGACCCCCGCGCGCCUCGUCCUCCUCUUCGCCUACACCUUCUACUCUUUUUUCUUCUCCGCCAAAUCCCCCAUGUACAGCAACACCCCACAGAUAUACACAGCUAGCAGCUGGGGCGAGGGCCUGAAGAACAGGGUGUUUUUCACGUGGGCGUUUGUGGAGAUGAUUACUUGGUUUUGGGUCUUUGUGACGCUGAGGGAGGAGAGGAGGGAUGUGGCGAUUAGAGCGCAGGAGCGUAUGGCGGCGGAGGCGGAUAGGUUAUGA